AUGUUUACCCUUCCACAAGCUGUGCCUUUUGGCAUUUGUACACGUUCACUUGGUCGUUCAGGCGGUGGACAUUAUAUUCUCGACAUUUUAGACCAAUGUGCUAAGAACGGACUUUGGACGAUUGAGGUUGCACACGAAUGUUUAGAGGGCUAUGCAAAAACCUUGGAAGGUUACAAUGAUCCUAAAGAGGCAAUCCGUGAGGUUGCUCGAUUAUGUAAUGAACGUGCUCAUUCAUUAGGUCUCGUUUUAACAGUCCUAGAUGCUUUCGAAAAUUACGAAGGUCUGAUUGAUCGCUCAAAGCAUGUCGAACAGUUUGAGGAUUUUCAAUUUUGGAUAGAGCUCUGUGGAAUCAUGGGCAUCGAAUAUAUCCAAAUUCCAGCAUCAUUCCAACCUACAGAUCUGCUUUCCAAGGACGAGGACUUGAUCAUCGAAGAUUUACGUAAAGUUGCUGAUGCUGGGCUUUCGGUUAUACCGCCCGUAAAAAUUGCAUACGAGCCAUUAGGAUGGAGUACCUAUAUUAAAACCUGGGAGCAAGGACUCGAGAUUGUCAAGAAAGUGAAUAGAUCAAAUUUUGGACUUUGUCUCGAUACGUUUCACAUUGCUUCACUCUUAUCGCACAGUCCAGAAACCAAAGAUGGUCUUCGUGAAGGAGGAGAUAUUGUUCUAAAGGAGUCGCUUGAGCGUCUCCGAAAGAUAGAUCCGAAUGAUAUUUUUAUCUAUCAAGUAUCUGAUGGUGCACAUUUACUUCCGCCCAUCCCACAAUCAGUCUAUAGCGAAGAUGGAAUCGAUCCACUCUUUGCCUGGAGUAAGCAUGGCCGACCAUUUCCGGGCGAAGGUUAUUUCCCCGUCAAAGAGAUUUCACAAGCAAUUUUUGCAACAGGUUUUCGUGGACCAACAAUUCUUGAAACGUUUGAAGAUGACGGGUUUGAUACUAGAAAAAAUCUUUUAGCAGAACGUGCAAAUCGUGCUGUAGGUUCAUGGAUUCAACUUGGUAAAAGUCUUGGUCUUGCACCUUUUCAUCCUCCCACUCCAAAAGGUCAAAAUAAACUUGGAACGUGUACCGUGAACAUAGGAGAUUAUGAGUUAUUUUCUCUGGAAGAUAAACUUUAUGCUUGCGCUUCAGUUGGCCAUCAAGCAAUUGACCUAUACGAAGAUGAUUUUUUGCACUAUUUAUCACUUACUCAAGGAGCAAACAAACAAAACCUUUGGGAACCAAACCCUAUUCAUCUGGCAGCAGCAAAAAAGAUUGGUGAUUUGUGUGCUUCUCUUGGGAUGCAAAUUAUUUGUUUCCAGCCAUUGAUUGACGUCGAAGGUUUGACAAAAGAAGAAGAUCGAAAAGCAGCCGCGGAAAAGGUGAAAGCAUACUUUCCAUAUAUGCGUGCCCUUCGCACAAAUAUUACAUACAUCACCACUAAUCGAUCUUACAACUUCGAAGAUAAUACAGGAGAUAUAAGGUCAAUCUCUGCCGAUCUGGCUUUAUUUGCCGAUCUAGCUGCUGAUUACUCACGAGCAGAUAAAGGUCCUUUGCUUAAAAUCGGCUAUGAGCCCCUUUCUUGGGGAUCCCAUAUCAACACAUUCGACAAAGCAUGGGAAGCAGUCCAGCUAGCGGAUCGUGAAAAUCUUGGAAUUGUUCUUGAUACAUUUAAUCUUCUUGCAGUCGAAUAUGCUGAUCCGUACAAUCCACAAGGUCACGGUCGAUUAUACGAUACGCUGCAACAAUCGUCAGACGCAAUUCAUACUCGACUGUCUCAAUUGGUUCAAAUGAUUCCAGGUGACAAAAUUUUCGUAGUCCAAGUUGCUGAUGCGUGCUUGGUUAAUCCGAAAGCUCUUAAGCCGCCAACACCAGCUGACAAAAAAUGGACAUCUGAACAUGAACCUAAAUAUCGUCAAUGGUCAACUUCAUAUCGACUCUUUCCAAACGAACAAUCUCUUGGUGGAUAUUUACCUGUUGCAGAAUGUCUUGCUGCAAUCCUGGCAACAGGCUAUGAAGGUCCUUUAACGCUGGAGAUCUUCAAUGAUUCGAUUCAUGUGAACGAGCCAGACGUUGUUGCUCGUCAUGCUAAAAGAUCGUUCAUCGGAAUUGAAUCUUGCGUUGUAGAAGCGCAGAGUAGGAAAGCAGACUAUGUUACUUUCAAAAGCCUGUAA